AUGCACGGGCAGGCGUCUACGCCUGCACCAGUGACUGCAGCAAACCUUGCGGCCAUUGAAGCCUUGCCCAGCACGAGUCUGCCCAGGCCAAGCGCCAGCCUGGGAAGCGUUGCCGAGACCCAAGUUGACAAGCCGGCCCCGAAGAAGCGAGCUCGCUCGCCCUCCCAGGAAAGUGACCCAGGUGACCGUGUUCCCCGUGUUCUUCACGGCAGCAAUCUGAACCGCGCUGAGAAAAACAAACUCAGGCGAAUCGUUUGCCCCAAAGAAGGCACAGGACGACUUGAAGUCCCCGAGAACAUUUUCGAGAUGUGGGAGGACGCAGCCAAGGGUAGGAAGACCUUGUUUAACAUGUGGGCGAAGAGCGGCGGUGUGAAGGCAGUCUUCAUGGAGUCAAUCACCAUUAUGACUUCGAAGACUCGCUCCAAGAAGCUGACUGUCAGGGGCGGGUUCUAUUCCAAGGAGGACAUGAAGACAGAGACACGAAUCGAGAAGAUUGUGAAAUGGGCCGAAUCCAAGAACCUCGUGCGUACCUGCGAGUACGACGAGGAGACCCUCGAGUACUGGGUCAACAUUCGUACCGAGGGGGUCCUUACAAAAGAGGAGCUAGAGAGUCUGACGCGGACCCAGACCUACGAUGGUGAGGGAGGCGAUGAGAUUACUCACCGCCCCUUGGUCCAUGUCGACGGCUUUGAUUUGGAAAAGGACGAUGAUAUCACUGGCGUCACCAACAUGGCCCUUGAGGGGGACAACCACAAGAGUGCCUCUUGGAUAACAUGCCCAGCUGGCAACGUUGCCUUGCGGCUCAAGGAGCAUCUUGGCCAUGUUCUGAAGGCCAAGAACGGGCUUACCAGCUUCCUUGACAAGAUGCGUGCGGCUGCUUCCGGGGAUGCAAGCUGCAACCAGCAGAUUGGCAAACUUGAAGCUAUGCAGAAAGAUUUCGAGUCUUUGUAUGAGGAGCUUGUGGAUGUCCAGGCUGAGGGCCAGGUCAGCGGGUUUACUGAGAAGUUGGAGAACGAAUGCCAGUCGAAUUUCAAGAAAGCGCAGAAGCUGCAGGUUGUGGCCAAGGCGCGCAAGGCGGCAAAGAAAGUCAGGCGAACCGCUUAUGCAAUGAUUGCUGCGAGCAAGUUUCACGAUGCAUCAGGGUGCACAGCUCGUGUCACCGGGGUAGAAACCUGCUACGCAGCAGCCAUGGGCUGUCAUGUUAAAGUCGGUGCUAUGUCUUCAGUUCCGUUAAGUGCGACAGUCCAGCUCAUUGCCAAGAAGUAUGGGCAAGGUGCUGGAGCCUCAGCAGAAAAUGUCGGCCUGUCCGUGCCUACUAUGCGUCUCAACGUGUUCCCAUGGAGUGAUUCUGAAGAUGACACGGGGCCUCUAAAGCCUGAUGUUCGGAUCACGCCGCCUGUUCAAUCUGCUAAUUCUUUAGACACUGCGAUUGGGCAGCUGGACAAACCUGACUUCGACUACAGAUGCAUCUCCGAGCUGCAUGUUGCUUCAAAGAUUCUCUGGCAUUGUGUCAGGGUUGUGAAUGAAAUUAUACGAGAAAAUGGUGGCCAAAGGCUUUGUGUCUUCAAGAUAGGUCUCACAGCAAACCCUGACGCGCGCCGGGAAAGCUACAACGCCCAGAACUUCAAGCAGUUUGUCAUCAUUCACAAAGUCCAUCGAGCAGAGCUGUUGGGCAUGCUAGAAAUGUUGGAGGCUGCGCUUAUCGCGGAGUUUUAUGACAAUGGGCGAUGCUGCCGAAACAAACAGCUAGGUGGUGAGAGUAUGCGCGACAAAACCUUCAGCGCUCGCUUCCCGCCUCCAUAUUUUGCUUAUUGUGCUGCCACGAAUGCUUCGCAAAAAGUCGCUGCAAAAGACCUCGUUCUGGAUGCCCGGGCCGCCAGCCGCAAGGAUCCUUGCGAGGUGCUGGCUGAAAUUGCAAAGAUAAAGCUGUCAAGUGCUGAUGUGCCCCUGUUCAGAAUUUUGCGGGACAAUGGUUUUACAAUGGGGAUUGACUUCUCCUAUGCUUGUCUGAGCAGUGUCAACCACUACCCCUACAUUCAUCCGAAACAGCUGCUUGAAAUUUUGAGUGAGAACCACGUCCACAAAGUGUUGGGGGUGCCUACGCAUUUGGCAGAAGCCUCUAUGAGCACCUUUUGGAACAAGUUCCAGCGACUUUAUCCUCAGCACGAAAUCUUCACGGAAUACUUUGACCUAAGCAGAGUCAUACCUUAUUAUCUUCACGGUGACGGUGGAAGAGGGUUCAAAAAAGAAGCUAUUGAGAUCGUCUCCAUGCUUCCCGUUUUGGGGGCUGGCUCUACGCAGAGGCCGGUGAGUUUGGGUAGCAAACGACAACUUGAGGAUGUGGAGCUUCAGGGGAUUAAUCUCAAAGGCAACAGUGGGGCCACAAGGUUCCUAUUUACAGUGCUCAGCAGCCUUCUGAGCAAGAAAAAUCCAACUGUCUUCGAUGAACUUAUGGAACUAUGGGGCAAGCACUUGCGGUCUUUGCUGGCUGAUGGGUUCCAAGCCAAAGGCUCUACGUGGCGCGUUCUGAUUCUGGGAUUUACGGGGGACUCCCCGUUUGUCAAAAAAGUGGCAAAGCUGCAGCGCUCAUUUAACAAUGUUCGCAAAACUGCUUCUUCCAGGAAUCCACAGAAAGGAUGUUGUUGGCUAUGCCAUGCCGGCUAUGAGAAUGGUGAUGAGCAAUACCCUUUUGAGGAUUUGGGACUUUGUGCGCCACUUUGGAUUCAAACUGCGGGCCUCAACAAUCCCCUUCCCUGGUCACAGGGUGGCCCGUUGAUCAAAUACAUGUUGUUGGAUGCUGCUGACACACCAGCAGCUUUUUUCCGUCCAGAUUUCUUCCAUGUCUGGCAUGCUGGUGUGGGCAAAGACUUUACGGCCAGUGCUCUCAUCUACGCCAUGAAGAAGCUCUAUGGACUGGGUGGUGUAAAGCGAGAUCUGAAGGCUUUAAACGAAGCCUUGAAGGUUUUUCUACGUGCCCAGAAAACUAGGCUGCACUGUGGAUUCCUGACUGAGGAUUUGCUGGGAUACACUGGUACCAGGGAAUACCCCGAGGGAAAAUGGUCCAAGAACAUGGACACUGCCGUCUUGAUGAAAUUCGUGGUUCACUUGUGCGAAAGCUUCGCGCCCCAAGUUCAGGACGACUAUAUACUGGAGAAGAUUUUGGAAACAGCCACUGCCAUCGGUAACGUGAUCAGGGCCUUUUUCGACAAUGGCUACUUCAUGCCUGAUGAGGUUUGUCGGGAUGUCAUCGGCAAUGGCCACGAGUUUUUGUUUGGGUACGCGAAAUUGACACGCAUGUGCCUGGACAACAACCUCUGCUUGUUCAAAUUACGCCCAAAGAUACAUUACUUGAAUCAUAUCUUCCUCCGCAUCUAUCAGGAAUGGGAGAAAAAUGGUAUUGCAAUCAACGCAUGCGCUGAGGCCACCUUCAUGUCGGAAGAUUUUGUGGGCAAAACGGCGAAAAUUAGCAGAAGAGUGAACCCUCGAUCUGUUGCACUGAAGACACUCCAAAGGUAUGUUCUCUGGAUGCGAUCUUGCCUUGACAAAGACCACCUACUUCAGCUUGAUCUACAUGACCCCGUGGGAUGA